AUGGCCAACAUCAACUGGCGGACAAUCAACAUUGACGCCUUGGAUCCCGACAGCCCCGCCAACUUCGACCUAAGCUCCCUCACGCCCGCCGUGCAGCCUGUGUCGACGGCCGAUGUCCAAAACAAUGCCCAGCAAUUACGGCAACUGCUCCGUGGUGGUGACAAUGAGGGAGCCCUCCUAGGAGCGCUGGAGAACCCACCAUAUGGCGCAGACGACAAGGGAAAGGAAGCCCACCUUGCGACCGUCAUCGAGAUCCUACAAUCCAUACGCGCGUCGGACAUGUCACCAAUGCUGAGCCGGAUAUACGGUGCACCAGGCGGAACCGAGGCAUUGGACGUCCUGAUGAAGUACAUCUACAAAGGCAUGGCCCAUGCUACACCUGCAACCACCAAACGCGACAUCACCCCCCAACCGACCGGUUUCUCUCAAGUUCAUACCCGUGGCGGCGGCGAAGGUGGUGGCCAAGCAAUGAGCGUGCUCCUCAGCUGGCACGAGAAGCUUGUGGAGAUAGCGGGCCCAGGCUCCAUCUCUAGGGUCAUGAGCGAUCGCCGUACGGUUUGA